AUGCGACGCCUAGCGUCCCAUUUGUCAGCGAUUCGAAUAUUUUUAAACCCGCCCAGUCCACCUUCAAGUGACUGCGACUCGCCUGAAAUCGCGAUUUCUCCAAAUUGCAACCAACUCAGCUUCAAACCACCUCCGGCUAUCGUAAAUUCAACACCCACGCCCGAACCAACUGGGCUGAAUCCAUGGAUGCGGACUGCUUCACCAAGCCACUUUUUACAGGUAGGGGUGUUUUACAUUUUUUAAAUUUUUUUGGGGUUUUAAGGUUUUGACGUUGAUUUUUUAGGUAUCAAUUCGUCUUUUGUUAAUGGUAUUAAAAUUUAAGCUAAUAGUAUUGAUAUGUGAUAGAUAAAGUCUAUACAUAAGAUAGAAGUCUCAUGACGGUAGUAUUACUUCCCACCAAACUUUAAGUUGCGUAGUUGGCUAUAGUAAGGCUUCGGGUAGGGAGAAGUUAGAGUUAGUUAAAGCCAAGAUAAGGCUAAAUAGAAAUAAACAAAAGGCUAAAGUACGGUUAUGGUCAGGGCCGGGCGUGAGGGGAGGGGGUGGGGGUGGACGGGAGGGGAGAGGGAACACACCACCAAAAAAAAUUUCGAAAAAGUUGAACGUGGUUCCCCUUGUGGAUUUUUUCGACCCCCACCUCUAAACCAAAAGUCUCCGCUCGACCCUGGUUAAGGUCAAGGCUAAGUUGGGUUACGAUAGAACUAGAGCAGAGUUAAAGUAGGGCUAGAAUAAGGCCAAAAAAAAGCUAGAGUCCACUUAAUGUACAUAUAAACUAUAUUAAGGCUGAUGUUAAAGGAGUCCAGGUCGAAAUGUAGCUAUGGGGAGGCUAGUAGAGCAAAGUCUAGCAGGGAUAAGGGUAGAUUAAGGCUUUAGAAGGCCUAGGAUAAGAUUAGGUAAAACAAACAAGAUCUAAAUUUUUUCUUAAAAAGUAGGACAAGAUAAUGUUAUCAUUUUACUUUAGUUCAACAUGUACAUGUACUUUAUAUACUUUGCUCUUUCUUAACUGAGUCUGCACUCUAAUUGCAAACGUUAUUUGUUUCAUAUUACAUUUUUAUAAUAGGUCUUGUGGGAGAAGUUACGCUAGAGGAAAAUUAUAAUAGUAAGGAGUUUAGUAAUAGUAUUCUUUAGAUAGGAAGUUUAGGCUAAACUUUGCCUAAAGCUAGCAUGAGGCUUAGGACUAACUCAAGCUAAGGCUAAGCUAAGACUGCUAUAAAAUGUCAGAUUAGUAAACAGUAAUACAUCGUUUAUGCUAUAAAAUAUAUGCUACUCUUUAUGGCUUCAAAACGUUUGUUCUAUGAUUAAACGUGUCACUUAGUACAGCAAAGCCUCAGUUUAGCUUAUUAUAUUAUAAUAUUUACUUAAAUUAAGUUAAUUUUCUUUAUAGUUUUUUUUUGUAUUAGCUACUUGUCUUGUCAUUUUUAAUAAGGUAGUCUAAUAAAGUAGUGGAGAAAAUAUAAUAAUAUUGUUUACUACUAUAUAAGAAUAAAAGUGUCUAUGCCAAAUGCUCUUUGGCAUGUCUUUUGCAAAUUUAAUCGUGUUUUUAAGUUCUAGAGCUAAAUACUUUUAAAGAUAAAAGUAUGACUAAGGCUAAGCUUAAGGCUAAUUUUCAAACAAAUACUAAGGCUAAAGCUAAAGCUAAUGUAAGGCGAAAGAAUAGUUUUUUAGGUAGAAAACGUAAUUUUAAGGUUUAAAAAUUAGCUUUUAAAUUUGAAAAUUUAUUUUUGCACGUACUGAAAUGCACUAUUUACAUAGUGUAAAAGUUUGAAAGUGUAACGUAAAUGAAUUACAUUUUUUACAUUUUUAUUGCUUACCAAUACACAUUUACGUUUACUUUUACAUUUACAUUCAUAUAUAUCAUGCAUAUUCAUAAGAGCCGUGUUCUAUACUUUGUCAAACUUUCUUUGUUAUAUGAAGAAAGGUUAGUGUAGGGCGAAAAUAAGGCCAAGGUAAGGCUAGCUGUAGACUAAAGUAGAGACUAAACUAAGAUUGAGGUUGAAGCUAAGUUAGAGUUAAGGUGGAACCAGAAUAAAGCCAAAGUAGAGAGAAUAUAAGGUUAAAGAAGGGCUAGAUAAAAGUUAAGCUAGAAGCUGUAGUAAGGCUAAAGUAAGACUUAAGUUAGAGUUAAGGUAGGGCUAGAGCAGGAUUAAAAGGGGUCCAAGAUAUGAUGAUAGAAAGGCUAGAGUAGGGCAAGAGCUAAAGCAAACAUAAACUAGAAGCUAAAGCAAAUUUAAGUGUAGGGCUAACUUAGGGCUUAGAUAGGUAAAGUAUAUGAUUUGCAAUCACAAGCUAGGAUUAUAUGUAGUUAGGAGUAGGACUAAGACUAAGAAAAAAGCUAGGCAAAGGCUAAGUCUAACUAUUCUUUGUAAGACUGACUUUUCAAGUUUAAGGCUAUGAGAAUCUGUUAUACUUUUAAUCUUGUUAUUGAAGAUUAGCCAAGUUUGUUUUUUGUCUUUCAAAAUUCAGUCAUAAUAUUUUCCUAGCCCUACUUUGCUUAAAAACAUGUUUUUACAAUUUAGAGCUUAAGAACAUAAGUCAAUUAAAAUAUAACAUCCUUUCAUAACACAUAAUCAAAUUUCUAAUACAAUUUUGCAAGGCCUUAGGGCACGAGUGUCAGAUUAUUUUCUAAAUAUUUUCCUAUUAGUUUUUUGCAUUUGGAAAUGGGGAAAAAAUGUGUCACAAUUGGCUUAUUUAUUGUCAUAUGGGCUGUGGGAACUUUGUGUUACACUCCAAGCUUGUAAAUAAUGUCUGGCAAAUGUCACUCUGCAGCUAAUGUUAGGGCUAGGGUUCUGGGGUAAAACCCUAGGCUAGGGCUUCGGGCUAGGGCUCUAAGCUAAAACUCUGAACUGGGGUUGUGGCUAGGACUAGCUUUAGAGGCUUAAGCUAAUGCUCUGGGUUCUGGGCUAGGACUCUGGGCUAUUACUCUCGGACUAGAACUCUCGAGAUAGGACUCUUUGGCUAGGGCUCUGGGCUAGGACUCUUCCUUUUUAAUCUAAGACUGUGAGACAGAAAAAGGUUAGGGCUCGGGCUAUGACUUAAGUUAAAAAUAGGUCUAGGGUUCAUGCUAGGAUACAGAGGUAGGCUAGAGCUUAAGUUAGGGCUUUGAGUUAGAGCUAUGGCUUUGAGCUAGAUCUUGGACUAGAACUUAAGCUGUAAAUAAGUCUAGGGUUUAUGCUAUGUUAUAAAGGUAGGUUCAAGCUAGACAUGGAGAACGAGCCAGACCUGAGCAAUAUUUAUAUGAACUCGGGCCUGGAAAUCUCAAAAAAACCCGGCGCGGCUUGAAAAGCCCGGCCUUAACCCAAGUAAAAAAAUUUAAAUCAGGCCGGCCUAGAAAAAGCUUAAAUCAGGCUUGAUUUAACAUUCAGGCACAGGUCGUUCCCUAUGUCUAGCUAGAGCUUAAGCCAGAGCUCUGGGCUAAGGCUUUGGGCUAAGGCUUUGGGCUAGGGUUCUGGGCUAGGGCUUUGGGCUAUGGCUCUGGGCUAGGGCUCUGGGCUAGGGCUCUGGGCUAGAGUUCGGGACUAGAGCUCUGGGCUAGGGCUCUGAGCUACCACUCUUGGCUAAGGUUAUGUUUUGGACCUUUUAAUCUCAAUACUAUUUAAUACUUUCAAAUUCAGUUUUUUUUGUUUUCGGAAGACCUAAAGUUAGCCUUCUUUAUUGUUUUCUUCCUUGUCUGUUAGUAUGUUUUGGACGUUCAAUAGUAUCGUGCUGUCAUUGAAAUCUAAAUCUGAAAGCUGCUUAUUUACAGAUUCUUUAUAUAAUAGUAUUAGGCUUUUCGAAAACUUUGAAAUCUUCUUUUAUCACAUGGUUGAAGGCAUGUUUUACUUAUGGUUUUACAUUUCGUGGGCUCAUGGUAUAGUAUCUCUUAUGAUUUCCAUCUGGGCUCAUGGUAUAGUAUUCUUCCUGUAUUAGGUGCCGACAUAAAGAACCCUCCACACUUUUCCUGUAAUUUCCUGUAAAAAACGGCGGGUUCUUUAUGUCGGCACCUAAUAUAUAAACCUAUGGUUUGGAAGCUGGGGUUAGGCCUAUUUCUAUAAACUCAUGUUAUAAUCACAUAUUAUAGUAUGAUAGCUUAUUCUUAACCUCAAAUAACUAAUAUUAAUCAUCUUCAGCUUCUUACUAGAAACAUUUCUAGCUUAUUUUAACGAUUGGUACCAACACAAAGAAUCCGCCAUUUUUUUACAGUAAAUUACAGGAAAAGUAUGGCGGGUUCUUUAUGUCCGCACCUAAUAUGUUGAGUCAUGGCCAGGGCUGGACGAAGAUCGACAAUCCCUUCCUUCUUCUUUUUCUACCCUCUGUACCCUACACAAAUUUUCGAAAAUUUAAUUUUGAUCGUUUUUUUUCGUUUUCGAUUGAUUUUAAAAAAAAAUUGGUUUUUCCUGCCUCGCCCUCAAAAAAAAUUUUACCCUGCCCGAAAAAAUUUUUUAAAAAAGAUUUGAUUUUUCUUGGAAUUUUUUUAUUUUGGCUGAUGCUUUGAAAAAAAUUUUUUUAUCCACCCCCCCCUCUAAAAACUAAAAAAAAUUUUUUUUACCCUGCCCUUAAAAAAUUUAAAACAAAAUUUUUAUUUAAUAAUUUCAAAAAUAUUUUUUUUCUCUCCCUCCUCUUUCCCCACCCAAAAUUUUUUUUACCUCGCCCUUUCCUAAUAAUCUAUCCUCCCUCCUCCCCAGGGCCCCCGUCUCAAAAAACCCACCCCCAGGCCAUGACAUCUAUUGCCAAUAUUAACCAUACCUUCUCUAACCCGCUUCCUAACCUUUCCAGGUGCCACGUGACGAUUUUGCAGCUGAAGACGUGCCACGCCUCUUAUCACCCCCACCUCGACGUGCCAGUAACAUUUCGGCCUACUCGGCUUGUUCGGAAGCCUCGUCCAGUACCAUCACUACUAACAUGCUAUCGCCGGGGCUCGCGUCCGCGACGUCGCGAUCUUAUUCUUUCGCUAGCUACGCUUCCGAUGACAAUGAAACACCGCCCAACGAGCUACAGGUGCCGGGCCUCAGGCCGUUUAGCACUCAGGUGAAGCCAAGUUAACACAUGGUGAUUGGGGCUGGUUUUUUUGGUUUUGGGGGUGAUUUUAGAAAAAAAUGGCUUAUUUGAAAGUCAAAAUGACAUUUCUAAUAUAAAAUGUCACUUUAGACAUAAAACUGUGAUUUUAGGCUUAAAAACGUCAUAUUGGCGUUACAAAUAAUUGUCAAAAAUGCCAUUAUAAGGCAAAAUGUUUGAGGCUUAUAAUUGUCAAUUUAGGCUUUAAAAUGUCAUUUUAAGCUUAACAAAUAGUGCUUUAGGCUUAAAAAUGUCAUUUAAGCUUUAAAAUGUCAUUUAGACUUAAAAAUGUCAUUUUAGGCUUAAAAAUGUCAUUUUAAGCUUACAAAUGAUACUUUAAGCCUAAAAAUAACAUAUGGGGCUUAAAACUGUCAUUUAGGCUUAAAAGCUAUAUGUAGGCUUACAAAUGUCAUUUUAAGCUUAUAAAUGUCACUUUAGGCUUUUAAAUAUCGUUUUAGGCUUAAGAAUGCCAUUUUGAAACUGAAAAUGUCACCUUAAGCUUGAAGUUGCCGUUUUAGGCUUAUAAAUGGCACCUAAGCUUAAAAAUGUCAUUUUAGGCUUAAGAAUGUUAUCAUAAGUUUAUCGACGUAAGUAUGAGUUUAAAUAUGUCAUUUCAAGCUUUAAAGUUUUACUUUAAGCCUAAAAAUGUCAUAUUGGGCUUAAAAUGUCAUUUAAAAAUUUUAAAUUUUAAAAAUUAAAAAAAAAUUUAAAACUUUUCAAAUUAUCAAAUAAAGUUUAAAAAUUGUCCUUAAACUUUGCAUUAAGGCUUUAAAUGUUGCCUUUAUUUAAAAAUUUAAAAUAUUUGGCAAUUCGUUAUACAGGAGUUCUACAGUAAUUUUCAUCAAAACCUAAUUUCAAAAUUUCAGUCCACGCCAGCCGGUAAUGUCUCCCCCACCAUCCUCCUCUCACCCGUCCUCUCACGACCAGUACGCUCUCAAAGUGCCCACUCUCCACCGUUCCAACGUUCCUCCCUCAUGAUGCUGCACGGUAUGGGUCAGAGCUUCAGCAACGCGUCGGAUUCUGACACAGAAUCCAUCAAAUUCCGAAGCCUGUCACGCCAAUCAUCGCUGUUGCCGCAGCGUGCGCCCAGUCGAAGUGGGUCGAUAUUGGGCGCGCAGAUCUGUACCAUUGGUACACCGACCGGUAUGAAUGACAGUUUUAAUGGGAUGCACAGUGGAGCACAGACCCCGAGCAGUGGUGGCGUGCCCAGGUCGGCUGGUUCCUUUUCGUUUCAUUCGCCGGCAGCACAAAAGUUUUGCAGCUCGUCGUAUUCGCUGCAACGGCAUGGGAGUAGUGCGUCAGGUAGGGGUGGAUUUUAUUUUUUUUAAUUUGAAUGUGCCAGGGUAAGGUCAAAAUGUCAUAUUGCGGUGGGAAUGUUACUUUGGGCUGUAAAAUGAUGUCUUAGGCUUAAAAAUGUCAUCUUUAGUUUACAAAUGUCAUCUUAGGCUUAUAAUGUAUCUCAAGUCUAAUUAUGUUAUUUUAGGCUUACAAAUGCCAUAUUAG